CAGCAGAGGAAGAGAGUGGAGACGUCACAUGGAGAGAUGCGACCAGCAGAGGCUGCCUCACUACUCACCACACAUUAACAUAACUAGCUACUACAAGCUAACCGGGCUAGCUACAGUGGUCGCUUUGCGUUAUCAAACAUUCGGGGGUGCAAGUGUGCCGCUCAGAAGUAGACUCGCAUCACGGCCACAGACCGGGAUCCUGGCCCCUUCCUGCUCUCCGCUGGCAGGGUAUUCUGUCUCGCUAGCGACGUCAACGAUAGCAACCUGCCUUGGCUAGCGUCAGGCUAGCCAGCUAGCUAGCUAGCUACUAACGUCGCUUACGGUGGUUAGCUAGCUAGCUACUAACGUCGAAAACGGUGGUUAGCUAGCUAGCUAGUAACGUCGCUAACGGUGGUUAGCUAGCUAGCUAGUAACUUGCGUCAUGGAUGAACUAGUCGCGGAAGUGAGGGGAACCAGCGGGGCCUUUUAUAAGGCCUUCGUGAAGGAUGUUCAUGAAGGAUCAGUCACUGUGGCUUUUGAAAACAACUGGCAGCCGGAGCGUCAGAUCCCAUUCCAGGAUGUGCGGUUCCCUCCUCCAACAGGGUUCUGCAAAGAGAUAAAUGAGAGCGAUGAGGUCGAGGUAUAUUCCAGGGCAAAUGACAAAGAGCCUUGUGGGUGGUGGCUGGCUAAGGUUCGCAUGGUUAAAGGAGAGUUCUACGUAAUAGAAUAUGCUGCAUGCGACGCUACAUUAAAUGAGAUUGUGACACUGGAGAGGUUACGGCCAGUCAACCCAAACAAACCAGCCACAAAAAACACAUUCAUCAAGAUCAGACUGGAUGUACCCGAGGAUCUACGACAGAUGUGCUCCAAGGAAUCGGCACACAAAGACUUUAAGAAGGCUGUGGGAGCGUUCACUGUCACCUAUGACUCAGAGAAAAAGCAGCUGGUCAUCUUGUCAGUGAAUGAGGUCACAAUGAAACGCGCCAAUAUGAUGAGUGACAUGCACUUUAGGAGCCUCCGCACCAAACUGUCUCUCAUAAUGAGGAACGAAGAGGCCAACCGACAACUGGAGAGUUCCAGACAGCUUGCAUCACGGUUUCAUGAACAGUUUGUAGUUCGGGAUGAUUUAAUGGGUCUGGCCAUUGGGACUCAUGGAGCAAACAUUCAACAAGCUCGUAAAGUCCCAGGAGUCACUAACAUAGACCUGGAUGAAGAAACGUGCACCUUUCACAUAUAUGGAGAGGACCACGAGGCUGUUCGUUUAGCGAGGUGUUUCCUGGAGUUUUCUGAAGAUAUCAUCACAGUUCCCAAGAACUUAGUAGGAAAGGUCAUUGGCAAGAAUGGUAAACUGAUCCAGGAAGUGGUUGAUAAGUCUGGUGUGGUGCGGGUUCGUAUUGAACCUGAAAACGACAAGAAGCCGUCGGCAGUGGCGGCAGCAGCAGCAGACGAGGGAAUGGUGCCAUUCGUUUUUGUGGGGACCAAGGAAAGCAUCUCCAAUGCUACAGUACUGCUGGACUACCAUCUGAACUACCUUAAGGAGGUGGAUCAGCUCCGCCUAGAGCGUCUCCAGAUUGACGAGCAGCUGAGACAGAUAGGAGGAGGAGGAGGAGGUGGUGGAGGAGGGACGGGACCUCGGACUCUGAAAGACAAAACCUACGUGUUCGAUAACGGCAUGGGGCUCGGGAUGGGAAGAGGAGCGGGAGGAGGAGGGAAGCCCUACACCGGAGGGGGAGGACGAGGGGGGCGAGGACGAAGAGGAGGAGGUGCAGCUUUCGCCUCAGGCACUAACUCAGAGGCAUCCAAUGCUUCAGAGACAGAGUCAGACCACAGAGAGGAGCUCAGCGACUGGUCGCUGGCCUGCACCGAGGAGCUGAUGACAGGAGGCGGGACCCUGCCCAGAAGGACAGACGGGAGGAAGAGACCAGGCAGUGGUGGACCAAGGGGACGAGGGGGAAGAGGGAGAGGAGGAGGAGGGUAUAAAGCUGACGACAUGCAGUGGGGUGAUCCUAGACCUCGUCAUAUCAGAGACCCCAAGACAAGAGCGCCGGAAGACAGCCUACAGAUCCGCGUGGACGGUAACAACGAGCGCAGCGUGCAACACUCGUCAGGGGGUCGAGGAGGAGGAGGGGGACCUUCCUCCUCCCAGGGUGGUGUCGGUGGUGACGGCCCCUCCCGUCAUCAUCAUCAGAGACCCAUCAGAGACCGAGGGAUGAAGAAGGACAAACAAGACGCUCCUCCGCUGGUGAACGGAGUGUCGUAGAUACACCACUGGAGGACCUUCUCAUUUAGAUAUAUACACACACACGUUCAGAUACAGAUACACACACAUUCAGAAACACACACAGGCAACUGGUCAUAUACCAUUGUAGAAUCUUAAUCUCUCGCUUUUUCUUUCUUUUUCCGUCAAACACGUGAAUACACAUAUUUCAUCAGCAUGGAAUUUUACCCUAGUUAAGUGGUAGACCAGAGGUUGUCUGGAAUCUGCUGGUCUGAUCUGUGAGUGUACUGCUAUGGACUCUUCUUGACUGGUAUGUUAUCUUGCACUCUUCUAUGGAGUGAUAAGGAAAUAAUCAGUACCUUUUUGGACAAAAGGAAAAGAAGAGCAGGGAUUUGAAUAAAAAUCAUCUCUUACAGAGGCAUUAUCCCUGAACAUACCUCCCUCCCCCAUCAACAACAAAAAUUUAUUUAGCUUUUUGUCACGGCCCCGGUUGAAAAGGCUCACUUAAUAGACAAAAGAAGUUAGAUGAAACUGAAAAAAACAGGGAAUCAAAGCUACGUCUGAAGGUGGAAUUAACGUGUGUUCCUUCCCUUUACAUCUCAGAUUUAUUUUAGUUUCCUACAGGUGAAGAAAUAAUCUGUGGUGGUUUAAAACUUCAAAAUCCAACCUUUGGCAGUCACGAGUUUAUAAGUCUUACAGUCUUUCAGGUAUGAUUCCAGGAAGACUUAAUUAUCAACUGUAAAAUAUAUGAUCUUUUUGAGAAGGAAGAGGCAGACGUGUUUUGGUGUCUCUCAAAUAACUUAUAUAUACAUGGGGAUAUCAUGGCUCAGCACUUAGGAUUCACUCGGUGAAUGAUUUACCAGUCUCAUUAUUUAAAUUGUCUGUGUUUUGUUUGCUUCGGUCUGCAUACUGUAAAAUUCUUUCAUUCCUUCCGACUGUCGGACCAAGCAUGAAUUCAGAGCAGUCGAAGACACAGCGAUGGAGAAACAUGAAUCUGAGGCACUUUGAUGCAAAUAAACUGUUAAAAGUCUUGAGUGAAGCAAAGAGAGACAGGAGCGUCACCAGCAGGUCACAAUAUGAGAUGAACUGCUGUCCAUUAUAAAGAUACUGCACUUAAGGAUUAUGCACCCAACAUACAACAGCUAGAAUCACAGAUAAAACUAGUACAUUCACAGUUUUAUACGGUUACACAAUAAACCCUGACUCAUGAUGAAAGCAUUCAGCACAAUCACCACUUAAAGAGCCCACGAGGUUGUGCCACUCCCAUCCGCCUUCAUGGAUCUCUGCCGUCAACUAGAAUCCACACCGAUCACAACCUUUCUAACAUCAACAAAGGGAUAUUUCUCAUUAGGCUGCAAGAUGAACUUAACUUUGGUUAUUUUUUACUAACAAAGUCGAGGAUGGAUGCCUUUUUAAAUUAGUGCAUCGACUUUUGCUUUCAGACAAACCGGAUUAAGGCAGCAACAUUGUCAGUGUAGACCUCCUGUCGCCUGAUCACAUGAGCUUUUCUUUAAUUUAUGAAGACCUUUGUAUUUAACUUUUGUUUUGCAGUUAGUGUUUCAAGUAUUAGUGUAGAGGAAACAGUUCUUGUGAGUAAUGCCUUGAUAUAAUAAAAAACUUGGUUUAAGUUUAA